CGAAUAUGCAUAUUCAACGGUUGUUUCACGUACAAACGGGUUUAUUUGUAUCAGUUAUCAUUUAAACGUUAUGGCGAUUGGUUCCAGUGCAUGUUUCAGAAAUAUUCUUUUUUAAAGAGGAGAACCGUUUCAUACAAAAACCAAUAAUUGUGUAAAGGAGAAUUAAAUUUGGCGUGUGUUGAAUUGAAAUAAAACAAUACCUUUCCUACACUAGGUGUGUGGAAAAGUAAAAGUACAUAAAAAUUAUUCAUCUUAAAAAAAUCACAUCAGUUUAUUCUAAAUGCAUAACUCUAGUGAACAGACACUCAAUGACGAAAGUUGUCAAGGUAGUGCAACGAACUCUGUGUCAAACAUCGAAAAUGCUGAACCACAAAAGCUUGCGUAUCCAAAACGUGUAUUUUUAAUCAUUGGCAAUGAAUUUUGUGAGCGAUUCAAUUACCAUGGAAUGAAAGCAAUUUUGGCAUUUUAUUUGCGAUUCAAACUCGGUUUCACGGAAAAUGAUGCCACGGUAUUGUAUCAUGCAUUUGUGACGUUGGUGUAUUUCACAUGCAUUAUUGGCGCCGUCUUGUCUGACGUUUGGUUGGGAAAAUUCAAAACCAUUUUGUAUUUAUCAAUUUUAUACGUAAUCGGAAGCACGAUUGUUGCACUUGGAGCGAUCCCAGCCAUUGCAAUUUCACCUAUAGUCGCACUUUACAUCGGAUUGACUUUGAUCACAAUCGGCAGCGGUGGUAUAAAACCGUGCGUUGGACCUUUUGGAGGAGAUCAAUUUAAAUUACCGGAACAAACAGCGCAAAUGGCCACAUAUUUCUCAAUGUUUUAUUUUGCAUUUGAUUCAGGUGCAUUUAUUUCAACAUUGAUAACACCCAUUCUAAGAUCAGACGUACAUUGUUUCGGUGAAAAUGAUUGCUAUUCGCUGGCAUUUGGAGUACCCGUCUUACUUAUGAUUAUAUCCAUCCUGCUCUUCAUAAUUGGUAAAUCAUCUUAUACUUAUGUUCAAACGUCAUCCGAAAAUAUAUUGAUGAAAAUGUUGAAAUGCAUAUGGAAUGCAAUGAUCAUCAAACGACGCCAGGGAAAAACUAAGCCACGCAAAAAUCUGCUGGAUUAUUCGAUUGAAAAGUAUGGCGCACAACUGGUGAAUGAAACGCGAGCUAUUUUGAAAAUUUUCACACUUUAUUUACCUCUGCCUUUCUUCUGGGCGUUACUAAUGCAAACUGGAUCGCGUUGGACAUUUCAAGCCAAUCGAAUGAAUGGUGACCUUGGAUUUUACACCAUCAAAGCGGAUCAAAUACAAAUGCUGGAAGCACUUUUGGUUCUGACAUUUGUUCCAUUGUGUGAUAUCUUCAUAUAUCCAGGGUUAGGAAAAAUCGGCAUACGGCGACCAUUGCAAAGGCUUACGUUUGCUGGAUUUUUUGGUGUAAUCUCAUUCGUGCUAUCUGCAAGUCUUCAAUACUGGAUUGAAUCGAUGCCGCUGAAUUCCGUGAACAUGUUGUGGCAAAUUCCACAGUAUAUCAUGUUAUCUCUGGCGGAAGCCAUGGCUGGUGUAACCGGUCUCUCGUUUUCAUAUGAACAGGCUCCGAAGAGCAUGAAAUCGAUUGUAUUUACCUUUUGGUAUUUACAAAUGGCAUUUGGUAAUAUAAUUGUCAUGUUUAUAGUCGGAAUGGAUUUGUUUGAUUCACGAACAUACGAAUUUCUCUUCUCAGCCAGCCUAACAUUCUGCAGUAUGCUUGCAUUUUCAAUACUUGUUUAUAAUUAUGAGAGAUUUAAAACAACCGAGACACAUUAAUAAAAAAAAUGUACAAAUAAAACGUGAAUAAAGUUCAAAUAAACGGUCGGCGGAAUGAAGUGAA